AUGAGCCAACGCCCGACCCCCCUUCCCCCUCCUUCCUGGGAUGUUGCGUCUCUUCGGCUGCCUCUCCCUGCCGUGCUCCAUGACGUGACUUCCUGGGAAGUUACCCCUCCUCGGUUACCUCUUCAUACCGCGCUCAGUCCCCAAGUCUUCUCGAUGAAACUUGCCAACACCAACUUCAGCUCGCGGCGCAGCAUCCUCGAGGGUGAUGAUGAACGCAAAGAGCAGGAGAAUCUGCCUUUCCUUGAUGCCAUACUUCUGCCGAGGGUUGCGUCUCCUGAUAGGGGCAAGAAGCAGGCGCCUGUCUUCGGACGAAGGGAUCCGACAGUCAAAUCAUGGACUCCUCAGGAGGCCUCGUUCGGAUGGCCAACCUGCCUCGUUGACCUGCUGCAAGCUGGAGUCCGUAACCCAUGGCUCCAAUUGGCACCUAUCAUGGCCAAGUCGCAGGGCGUCACAACGUUGCAGCUGAGCCAGGAGUCGUCACCAACCGUCUGGUGUGCUUAAAGGGGUAAGAGGAAGCG